AUGAAGAAAUUGUUAGGCUAUGUGGCGGUGGUGGAGAAAAAUAAACCUUAUGUUGCAAUGCUGUUUAUUCAGUUUGUGUAUUCAGGAAUGGCUUUGUUAUCUAAAGCUGCAAUUUCCAAAGGAAUGAGUCCUUAUGUGUUUGUUGUUUAUAGACAAGCCUUUGCAUCAAUUGCCUUAUCUCCUUUUGCUCUCUUUGACAGUAAGCAAGCAGCCCCUUUGUCAUGCAACUUAUUGUGCAAAUUGUUUCUAGUUUCCCUGGUUGGGUUAACAGCAAGCUCAAACCUUUACUAUGUUGCAAUCAACUACACCUCUGCAACAUUUGCUGCAGCCAGCUCAAACACUGUUCCUGCCAUUACUUUUAUCAUGGCUAUUUUAAUCAGGGUGGAAAGCAUUUCCAUAAAACAUAUGCAUGGGGUGGCCAAGAUUUUGGGAUCUAUUCUAAGCCUUUCUGGGGCAAUUACAUUUGCUUUAGUCAAAGGACCAUCCUUGGGUUAUAUGAAAUGGUAUCCAGAAAAUCCGAACCAUAGUUCUCACCCAUUAACGGUUCACUCCAAAGGUGAUAACAUUAGAGGCUCUCUUAUGAUGCUCUUGGCAAACACUUCAUGGUCCUUGUGGCUUAUCUUGCAGGGAUUUGUGGUAAAGCAAUACCCAGCAAAAUUUCGCCUCACUACUCUACAAUGCUUCUUUAGCUUCAUGCAGUCUGCUGUUUUGGCUGCUGCAAUGGACAGGAAUAAUCCUUCAGCAUGGAAGCUUGGAUGGGAUAUUCAUCUUCUUUCUGUGGCCUACUGUGGUGUAAUUGUAACAGGCGUUUGUUAUUGGCUGCAAGUCUGCACUAUAGAGGCCAAAGGCCCAGUUUUCACAGCAAUGUUCACCCCUCUAGCUCUUAUAAUCACAGCAAUAUUCUCAGCCCUUUUGUGGAAAGAAACACUUUACUUGGGAAGUGUUGGUGGCACUAUUUUACUGGUAGUUGGACUCUACAGUGUCCUAUGGGGGAAGAACAAGGAGAGUGUAAAGGAAGAAAGCAUAGAAGCUGAACAAGCAAGAGAGGAAACCAAAUUGGAGUGCAUCAUCCAGCACUGA